CCCAUCCUUUAAGCUAUGGUGGAGCCAGGACAAGAUUUAUUGCUUGCUGCUUUGAGUGAGAGUGGAAUUAGUCCGAAUGACCUCUUUGAUAUUGAUGGUGGAGAUGCGGGGCUUGCAACUCCAACACCUACCCCUUCAGUUCACCAGUCAGUGCCACUUAGUACAUUAGAACUAGGUUUGGAGACUGAAGCAGCAGUUCCUGUUAAACAAGAACCAGAGACGGUACCUACUCCAGCACUGUUAAAUGUUAGGCAGCAGCCUCCAUCUACAACAACAUUUGUGCUGAAUCAAAUAAAUCAACUUCCGACCUUGGGAUCUACAAUUGUAAUGACUAAAACACCACCUGUAACAACGAAUAGGCAAACCAUCACUUUAGCAAAGUUUAUCCAGACCUCUGCAAACACACGCCCUUCGGUCUCAGUACCAGCAGUACGAAAUGCCGUGACCUCUGCACCUUCAAAAGACCAGGUUCAACUGAAGGACCUUCUGAAAAAUAAUAGUCUGAAUGAACUCAUGAAACUGAAGCCACCAGCUAAUAUCGCUCAGCCAGUUGCAACAGCAGCUACUGAUGUAAGCAACGGCACAGUAAAGAAGGAGUCUUCUAAUAAAGAGGUAGCAAGAAUAUGGAUAAAUGACAUGAAGAUGAGGAGUUUUUCCCCGACCAUGAAGGUUCCUGUUGUAAAAGAGGAAGAUGAACCGGAGGAAGAAGAUGAAGAAGAAAUGGGCCAUGCAGAAACCUACGCAGAGUAUAUGCCAAUAAAAUUAAAAAUUGGGCUACGUCACCCGGAUGCUGUGGUGGAAACUAGUUCUUUAUCCAGUGUUACUCCUCCCGAUGUUUGGUACAAAGCAUCCAUUUCUGAAGAAACCAUUGACAAUGGCUGGUUGUCAGCAUUACAGCUUGAGGCAAUUACAUAUGCAGCCCAGCAACAUGAAACAUUCCUACCUAAUGGAGAUCGUGCUGGCUUCUUAAUAGGUGAUGGUGCUGGUGUAGGGAAAGGAAGGACGAUAGCAGGAAUCAUCUAUGAAAAUUAUUUGUUGAGUAGAAAACGAGCAUUGUGGUUCAGUGUUUCUAAUGAUUUGAAAUAUGAUGCUGAAAGAGAUUUGAGGGAUAUUGGAGCAAAAAACAUUUUGGUCCAUUCAUUAAAUAAGUUUAAGUAUGGAAAAAUUUCUUCCAAACAUAAUGGGAGUGUGAAAAAGGGUGUGAUUUUUGCCACCUAUUCUUCCCUUAUUGGUGAGAGUCAGUCCGGCGGUAAAUACAAAACAAGGCUAAAACAGCUUCUGCAUUGGUGUGGCGAUGACUUUGAUGGCGUGAUAGUGUUUGAUGAAUGUCAUAAAGCAAAAAACUUAUGUCCUGUUGGUUCUUCAAAACCAACCAAGACAGGCUUAGCAGUCCUAGAGCUUCAGAACAAAUUGCCAAAAGCCAGAGUUGUUUAUGCUAGUGCCACUGGUGCUUCUGAACCACGAAACAUGGCCUAUAUGAACCGUCUUGGAAUAUGGGGUGAAGGAACUCCAUUUAGAGAAUUCAGUGAUUUUAUUCAAGCAGUGGAACGGAGAGGUGUUGGUGCCAUGGAAAUAGUUGCUAUGGAUAUGAAGCUUAGAGGAAUGUACAUUGCUCGACAGCUGAGCUUUACUGGAGUGACCUUCAAAAUUGAGGAAGUUCUUCUUUCUCAGAGCUAUGUAAAAAUGUACAACAAAGCAGUCAAGCUGUGGGUCAUUGCAAGAGAGCGGUUUCAGCAAGCUGCGGAUCUGAUUGAUGCUGAGCAGCGAAUGAAGAAGUCCAUGUGGGGUCAGUUCUGGUCUGCUCACCAGAGGUUUUUCAAAUACUUGUGCAUAGCAUCCAAAGUCAAGAGAGUUGUGCAGCUGGCUCGAGAGGAAAUUAAGAAUGGAAAAUGUGUUGUAAUUGGCCUGCAGUCUACAGGAGAAGCCAGAACAUUAGAAGCCUUGGAAGAGGGCGGGGGAGAGCUGAAUGAUUUUGUUUCAACGGCCAAAGGAGUGUUGCAGUCACUCAUCGAAAAGCACUUCCCUGCUCCAGACAGGAAAAAGCUUUAUAGUUUGCUGGGAAUCGAUUUGACAGCUCCAAGUAACAACAGUUCACCAAGAGACAGUCCUUGUAAAGAAAAUAAAAUAAAGAAGCGGAAAGGUGAAGAAAUAACUCGAGAAGCCAAAAAAGCACGGAAAGUGGGUGGCCUCACCGGGAGCAGCUCUGACGACAGUGGGAGCGAAUCCGAUGCCUCUGAUAACGAGGAGAGUGACUAUGCGAGCUCCAAGAACCUGAGUUCUGGAGAUGAUGACGACUUCAACCCGUUUAGAGAUGAGUCCAGUGAGGACGAUGAGGAUGAUCCUUGGUUAAUCAGAAAAGACCACAAGAAAAACAAAGAUAAAAAAAGAAAGAAAAGUAUAGAUCCAGAUUCUAUUCAAAGUGCCUUAUUAGCAUCAGGUCUUGGAUCAAAACGACCUAGUUUUUCAUCCACACCAGUUAUUUCACCUGCUCCUAACAGUGCACCAGCUAACAGCAACACCAACAGCAACAGCAGCCUUAUAACAAGUCAGGAUGCCGUGGAAAGGGCCCAGCAAAUGAAGAAAGACCUACUUGAUAAACUAGAAAAAUUAGCUGAAGACCUCCCUCCUAAUACCCUGGAUGAGCUGAUUGAUGAACUUGGCGGCCCUGAGAAUGUUGCUGAGAUGACAGGCCGCAAGGGGAGGGUCGUAAGCAAUGAUGAUGGAAGCAUAUCUUAUGAGUCAAGAUCUGAACUUGAUGUCCCUGUGGAAAUAUUAAAUAUCACAGAAAAACAAAGGUUUAUGGAUGGAGAUAAGAAUAUUGCUAUCAUCUCGGAAGCUGCCAGCUCAGGUAUUUCAUUACAAGCAGAUCGGAGAGCCAAGAAUCAACGACGGCGAGUGCACAUGACUUUGGAGUUGCCCUGGAGUGCAGACAGAGCCAUUCAGCAGUUUGGACGAACUCAUAGAUCAAACCAAGUUACAGCUCCUGAAUAUGUCUUUCUAAUUUCUGAAUUGGCGGGAGAACAAAGAUUUGCAUCUAUUGUUGCUAAAAGACUUGAGAGUUUGGGGGCACUUACACAUGGUGACAGAAGAGCAACAGAAUCCAGAGAUUUGAGCAGGUUCAACUUUGACAAUAAGUAUGGAAGAAAUGCAUUAGAAAUUGUCAUGAAGUCCAUUGUAAACCUAGAUUCUCCUAUGGUAUCACCGCCUCCAGAUUACCCUGGAGAAUUCUUUAAAGAUGUUCGGCAAGGACUGAUAGGGGUUGGCCUGAUAAAUGUAGAAGACCGCUCAGGAAUUCUAACUCUAGAUAAAGAUUAUAACAACAUCGGAAAAUUUCUGAAUAGAAUUUUGGGCAUGGAGGUGCACCAACAGAAUGCGUUAUUUCAGUAUUUUGCAGACACACUCACUGCAGUUGUUCAAAAUGCCAAAAAAAAUGGAAGAUAUGAUAUGGGAAUCUUAGAUCUUGGUUCUGGAGAUGAGAAAGUGAGGAAAAGUGAUGUUAAGAAGUUUCUGACUCCGGGAUAUUCAACCUCUGGUCAUGUAGAGUUAUACACAAUUAGUGUAGAGAGAGGGAUGUCUUGGGAGGAAGCUACCAAGAUUUGGGCUGAGCUGACAGGACCAGAUGAUGGCUUUUACUUGUCACUGCAGAUAAGGAACAACAAGAAGACUGCCAUCUUAGUUAAAGAAGUAAACCCAAAAAAGAAGCUUUUCUUAGUCUAUAGACCAAAUACUGGGAAACAGCUCAAAUUAGAAAUUUAUGCUGAUCUAAAGAAGAAAUAUAAGAAGGUCGUCUCGGAUGAUGCCCUGGUUCACUGGUUAGAUCAAUAUAAUUCAUCUGCAGACACUUGUACUCAUGCUUAUUGGCGUGGCAAUUGUAAAAAAGCAAGCUUGGGAUUAGUUUGUGAAAUAGGUCUUCGUUGCCGCACUUAUUAUGUAUUAUGUGGCUCAGUACUGAGCGUCUGGACAAAAGUUGAGGGUGUUCUAGCAUCUGUCAGUGGCACAAACGUGAAAAUGCAGAUAGUUCGGCUGAGAACAGAGGAUGGACAGCGGAUUGUAGGUCUGAUCAUCCCUGCAAAUUGUGUGGCUCCUCUUGUAAAUCUCCUGUCAACUUCAGACCAGUCUCAACAGCUUGCAGUCCAACAGAAACAGCUCUGGCAGCAGCGCCACCCCCAGAGCAUUGCCAGCUUGAGCAACGCAUAAGAACAGACAGGUUUCAACAUGGAUGUAUCUGAAAUGCUGUUGAAGCAUAUCAUUUGCAUAAAAAUCAGGGACAGUUUCCAAAGAAUUAUAAUUUUUUUCAGUUGUGCUCUCUCUAGUUAAUUUUUUUGGGGAAUAAGGACAAACCUGGAAUAGAUAGCAAAACUGAAAAUCAACAGUGCCGAUGGUGGUACAUAUGUCUUUCCUUUUGCUUUGCCCAUGGUACUUCCCAUAUGCUCCUACUUUGGGGGAGCAGAGGGGUGUGUGCGCGUGCGUGUGUCCGUCUGUUUGUUUGUUUGUUUGUGAGUUUGUUAAAGGCUACGAACCACAAUUGGUUUAAAAAUGCUUGGAACUUCCCAACUGGCUUUACUUAAUGUUCCACAGUGCUCAGGGUUAACGCAGGUCAUCCGUGCCAUUGCUGUGGGAGUUCUCCCCGGAUGCAUGUGUUUUGGGUCUAUAAAUAUAGAAAAUAUAUAUUGGUUUCUUUUUCCAACUUAUUAAACACUAGGUCUAUUAAAGCAUGAAACGAAAGGUUGCACAUCACACAUUCAGGUUCUUUUCUAGUUUCUGUUCUGACAGUGCAUGUCUUUGAAAGCAUGCGUAAACAAGAUUAACAGAUGUCAUGUGACGGAGAGAAACAUUUGUAGGUGUAUAGCAUUGGUCACUGCAUUUUUAUAACGUUUAUACCUGCGUAUUGCUUCUAACCCCGUGACUCCUCUCCCCACCCCCAUUCUCCCUGUCCCAGGUUUCUUGUUAAGGUGAUAAGUACAAACAUUUUUUUGUGUGUGUGAUAAAACUCUUAAAAGUUAAUUUUAAUGUAUUAAUAGUAUUCCUAAUGAGUGCUGCAAAAACGGCUACAAGCCUGCUUUUUCUCAAAAUUCCAUUUUCCUUAACUUAAGAUAGUUUUAGAAAGAAGGACAACUCGGCUUCCAUUUUGCAAAUCAUCUUUUCUUACUUUAUUAUCUUAGUAUGUUGGUCGCUCAUAAAAAGGAAACCAUACUUGAGCUGUAAAGUAGACAAUGAGGAAACACUUGAGGCUUCUGCUGUAUGUUUAUUUCUUGUUAUUAUUGUUACCUAGUAACUUGAAUAUUGUUUAAUGUGUUUGUAAGACAUUGUAGAGUUUAUCUCAAGCUGUUAAAAAUGGUAAUGUACAAAUGUGAAUAGACACUUAUCUAUAAUAUGGGUAAGUUUUGUUUCACCUAUAAUAGAUGUUUUAUAAAAACAAGUGAGGGGACAAUUAGUCUUUUUGUUCCUUUUUUCCCCUUUUUCUUUGCUUGCACAGGUUGCACUAUUGAAAAACUGAGAUUGUAUAAACCUGGUCAAAAGCUGCAAGAUACCACCAUCUUGUAGAUGUCAAAUAAAAAGUUGUUAUUCUAACCA